ACUAGGGGGCGCUGUGGGGUGAGGCCGGGCUCAGCACCUACCCUCACGGACCGCAGGACCCGAUCAGAGGCGCGGAGGGUGCAUCAGUGCGCUCUUGCUCUCGCUCCCUCCUCUCCUUGCUCUCCGCUCCGCACCGCGCCAUGGCUGUGCCCCAGAUGUGUGACCUGGGCCGCAUGGCUUCCACCCUCCGCUCCUGCAUGAUGGUCGGUGGCAUGGUGGUCCUGGUGGCAGGGACGCUGUGCUUCGCUUGGUGGAGUGAAGGAGAUGCAGGAGUCCAGCCUGACCAGCCAGCUGUACCCAGCAGGCAGCGCGCGCUCACUGCCCCCAGCCCUCUGCUCAGGUCUGUCAGCUUCUUCUGCUGUGGGGUAGGUGGGCUGCUGCUGCUCCUGGGUCUGCUGUGGUCCGUCAAGGCCAGCACUCGUGGGCCAGCACGUUGGGACCCGUAUCACCUCUCCAGGGAACUGUACUACCUCACCAUGGAGCCCUCAGAGAAGGAACACCACAGGGUCUCACAGUUGCUUGCCAUCCCCACCUAUGAGGAGGCCGUGCACUGCCUGAUGGCGGAGGGGCCCCUGCUGCCACCUUCUUGCCCUGUGGAGGAAGGCCUGAAGCUCAGUGCGUCUGAGGAUACCCUGCUUGGGACACUGUCCACCUUGCCUCCACCCAGCUAUGAAAGCGUCAUCCUCACUGACCCUGGAGGCUCUGCAGAAACCAUGCUGCUGGGUCCUGCCAGCUCCUCCUGCCUGGGCCCUUCUCGGGCUGCAGGGGAAGAGGGCCAAAGCACCGAGCAGGGCACCAAAGUCAGAGAAGAAUGCUGGGCUUCUUCUGGUACCUAGUACAGUGUUGGCUACACUCAACUGUCUGAGGGAUCCCUGACGGUGGCACACCCAGCAGAGCACAUGUGUGACUAUCUGUGAGGACCUGGGUUCGAGUGCCUGGACCCCACAUGUAGGAGGGAAGCUUCAUGAGUGGUGAACAAGUACUGCAGGUCUCUCUCCCUCCCAUCCUCUCUGUCUUUCCUUUCCAUCUCAGUUUCUCUUUUGUCUCUAUCAAAAAGAAAAAAGGGAAGAAAUGGCCAUUGGGAGUGGUGGAUUUGUUGUGCAGGCACUGAGCAGUAGCAAUAACCCUGCAGGCAAUAACUUUUUAAAAACUAAAUAAAUAAAUAAAUAAAAUAAUUAAACAACAACAACAAAACUGUUCCUGAAUUCUGACUGUAUC